AUGAAGGGAAGAUUCUUCUGUCUUAUACUAACUCUUCAUAUAGUGAGUUUGUUAGCAAAGAGGCCAUUUCUCUCAUCUCAUGGCAUUUCACAUUCUGCUCAAGAAAAGGUUCCACAAUCUUCACCAUCUUAUACCAUUGAAUCAAAAAAGUUAAAGGGUAUAAUGGGAAAAGAAGGAAUGAUGAAGAAAAGAGAAGAAGAAAAUGAUAGAGAAGUGAGUAAAAUAGGGUCAAGUCCACCAAGUUGUGAACACAAAUGCUAUGAUUGUUAUCCAUGUGAAGCUAUUCAAGUGCCAAGCACAAGUAAUCAUUUUGGGAUUAUGUAUGCAAAUUAUGAGCCUGAGAGUUGGAAAUGCAAGUGUGGUCCUUCUCUCUAUAGUCCAUGA